UAUAGAUGAGUGGUACACACCUUCCAGUCCACGAGGGAAAAAAACAAACCUUGUUUAACAUAGAAAAUGAGAGACACCUACCAAGUCCCCAGAGUUAUUUCCACAUUGCCUGAGAAACCUGACGAUUUACUCCUCCCUUCUUCUAAAAAAACCCCAGCCAACCCAAAUAAAUAAUAAUGAUUCGUUUCCCCAACGACCUUUUCCCAUGGUCCCUAGUCCCCUUUCUCUCUAUCUCCACCCUCUCAGCUUGCUUUAGUUUGGUGGGAGGCUGUGGCAAGGGAGCAGGAGGUAGCGGCUGAGUCUUAGACCAAAUCCAGGGGCAGCUGCCCGGCGGCAGCAAAGAGCGGAGCAGAAGAAAGCGUGGGAAAGAUCGAAUUGUUUGCCUACCUGCUCUUCUUCACCAUGCUUCCUAGUGCUUUAUCUGCCUGUACUGGCGUGUACUGGAAUAUACUGAGCUCCUCUGCACUACUAGACACAACUCCAGGCUUUGGGAACCUGGGAAAGAGUUUCCUAAUUGACAACUUGCUGCGGGCCAGCGAUGACUCUCCACAGCGUCUUCCAGCUUCUUCUUCCUUAGUAGCAGCAGCCGCAAACACCACGGCGAAAAUCCUGGAGCAUCCCCUCUCAUCCAGUCCGGUAUCCCUCAAGUUGUGCCCAGCAGCAGAACAAAUCGGAAGUCCUUAUCGGACUCAUUGGGCUUUUCAAGUGCUUAAUCCUUCGAUGGACUGCAGUCAGAUGCAUGGCCAGGCUCUAGGAAACCAAGGUGGCGCCUUCCAACUUGCUAUCCCAGCUUCUUCCAAACUUUUUUUUCUGAGAGGUCCACAAUUCUACUCAACCUGCUGUGGUGGGUCCUGUCAGCACCCUGUGUCUCCCACUGCCUCACCAAGAGAGGAUACCAUGUUGCCUCUACUGACACAGGAUUCCAGUUCCAAAGCGCAAAGAGGAAUUUUAAGAAGAGCUGUGUUUUCUAAUGAGCAGAGAAAAUCUCUGGAGAAAAUGUUUCAGAAACAGAAGUACAUCAGCAAAACAGACAGAAAGAAACUCUCCAUCAAUUUGGGACUAAAGGAGUCACAGGUGAAAAUUUGGUUUCAAAAUAGAAGAAUGAAAUGGCGAAACUGCAAAGAAAAAGAAGUGCUUUCCAACCAGCGUAUCAAGGAAGAAAGCUUUCAAGAGAAUCAAAUUUCAAGACCUACUCUAGGCUUUACUUCCCCUUGUCCCAGAGUAUGGAAAGUAUCUCAACAGCACGCAAGUUCAAGAUGGAGGGAAAAUUCACCAGAGCCUUCAGAAAAACUUAACUACGAAACUUCAUUGCAGCUACUUCCACAAGCAGAUUCCCAUCAGUCAUUGUAUUUGUACUCUGAAGCAGACACCAGAGACAAGGGAAUUACUGCAGCCAUAUGAAAAAUAACUGAAAACUGUACACUGACUACAAAAGCAGAAACUUGAAAUGGAUAUUCUUUUUAAGCUAAUACUAUUGGAACACUAAAACCAAUUAGUUUGUACGUCAGCAGUGUCUAAGCUCUUAACGCCACUGAAAAAAGUGUAGGAACUGGUGUUUUAAGAAGUGAUUCCCGUUAUUCAGUUUUCUCUCAUUUUGUUACUGUUCUUAUGCUAAAUUUGUAGUGAUAAAGAAAUUGCAAGGAAAUAUAAGUGCAAAAUGAAACCCAAAUUUGGCUUUGUUUUAUUUCACUGUUUCACAUGUGCACAUAUGCAUGUGUGCAGGUACUUAAUACUUCAAUACUUGUAAUUAAGUCAACGUGGGGACUUCUUCUACUAAUGCAGAUCACAACCCAUCUGUAUUCGAUUUUCUUGUAUAGUUGUAGUUGACCUGGUGAUGAGCCUCUCAUACAUUAACUAGGUUGAUCCAUGGACAAAAGACAUACAUUCAAUCAUCAGGUCCAUACUCAAAGCCUUUCCAAUUUUGUAGCACCUGCUAAAACACUUAUUCACCUCAAAAACCUAGGGUCACCUCCACACUAUAAUGAGGUGUUGGAGUAGGACUUUAGUUGAGGUUAUAUAUGUACAUCCUCACAUGUAUUUAUACAGAUACAUUUAUCUUUAUAGCUCUGUGUCUACCUAUAUGA